UAGUUUUUCCGAAGGGCAUCAUCCUUGCCCAGCGUAUCUGUCACCGCCCACCAACUGGGGGACCAUGUAAACCACCAUCGAGUUCGAAGCUUUGCUGGCGAUGAUUUUCCCCAUCGAUCAUGGCCAUGGCGGUCGUCGAAGAGCAAGGAGAAGGCACGCAUCCCCUUCUCUCUCCUCUUCCUCGUCGGCGCAACUCCUUCCGCCUCCUCCCGGUGCUUCUCUUUGCCCUCGCCCUCGCCGCCCUCGGCGUGGCCUUAUUCCUCCUCUGGCCCGCCGAUCCCGACCUCCGCGUCGCCCGCCUCCACCUCGACGGCGUCCACCUCUCCACUUCCCCCUCCCUCUGCCUGAACGUCUCCAUCAGCCUCUCCGUCAAGGUCCGCAACCCUAACUUCUUCUCCUUGGACUACGACUCUCUCGUCUCCACGAUCGGCUACCGGGGACGGAAGCUUGGAUCCGUGACGUCGGAGGGUGGGCGCGUCGGGGCGCGCCGGGUCUCGUACCUCGAUGCCGACCUGCAGCUGAAUGGGAUCCGGGUGAUUCACGACAUCUUCUACUUGCUCGAGGAUUAUAGGAGGGGAUCCAUCCCCUUUGAAACUAUAACGGAGGUGCAGGGCAAGUUGCGACUCUUCUUCAUCGACGUCCCUGUUGAGGGUAAAUUUUCUUGCUCACUUCAAGUGAAUGCACAAAACCAGACUCUUCUUCGACAAGACUGCUACAUUGAGUGAUGGUGAAAGAUGGACAAAGCCAUCAACUUUAAGGAGCGAAUUGUUGUUCCGCUGAGAAUUUUUCCAGCUCCGCUACGGAAGAAAUGAUGUCUUCCCUACUUAGCCUUUGUAUUAUUAUCUAGAAAGCGAAUCACAAGAGCAUUCAUUCUCCUCCAACAUUCUUCAUCAGGAUUAGAGAUGUGCAAAGCAAGCAGUUAGCAACUGCAGAACUAUUAUUUUGUUUCAUCUACUUCUUUUGAGGUAUGGUAAUGAAUGAAGAAUGCAAUGGAGUCGAUAGACUAUCUACUUUUCUUGCCAUGGCCAGAGUUUUCACUCCAUGCUACCUUAUGAAACGCUCAUCUUCCUUUGUUCCUUGGGGUUAAAUCUUCAUCAUUUCUUUCCUCGCGGUGUCUUGUAUUAUUUGAUUUUACUUGCUUUGUCUCUCUCAUUCAUAAGUACAAAACCAUUGAUGCUCGUUUAAAUUUAUGAAUGUGU